UCUGUCUAUGAUUUUAAUUUCAUUUACUCGAGGUGUGAUGUGAGAGCGCGAUUUUAUUUCUUGAGAUUCCAGAUAGUAUUUGCGAUGAGGUAGCACCGAUUCAUAAAUAAAAUAAUAUUACAAUAUUAUGCCUUAAUUUGUGUGUGAUAAAUAGUUUUUCGGGAAUGCCAAACAUGAAUAAUGCCUCCGUCACCAAUGAAGAAUAUGAAGUUAUCGGUGAAGCACAAUGGCAGAUAUUGGAGGGCUCCGCUGAUGAUCAGGCAAUAAGGAUCUAUGGCUACAAAUAUUCAAGGCUACGCUCAACAAUAUUUCAUACAAUAUGCGUAUCGCUUUGCGGGCUCCCCUAUUUCGCACUGGCUUACCACCCGGCGUACAAUCGCUUCAAGUAUAUAAAAUGUAGCCUUAAAACGGCAGAAGAUAUUUGUGUUAUUGACAGCGAGGGCGCAUUUACAAUAGAAAAGGUGGAGACGGUCGAUCUUAAUCUGUCAAACCACAGGGAUAACAAACUUCGGUAUUUUAUCUACCAACACAGCCGCUACAUAUGGCUGAACGAUCAAGGAGCAUUUAUCAAUGUACAGGCACUUAACGAAAAACUUACUAUCAAUCUACUGAUGGAAAAUAUGUCCGGAAUUAACAAAAGACAACAAAAUGAACUUAUAAAACUGUACGGGCCGAAUUCGGUGGAAGUCGAAGUCAAGAAGUACUGGACGAUAUUCCGCAACGAAGUUUUCAACCCGUUUUACCUGUUCCAAAUUUUCUCGAUAAUUCUAUGGUCAUUGGAUGAGUACUAUCAGUAUGCAACCUGCGUUUUCAUACUUUCCGCUGUGUCGUGCAUGAUGGCGCUCUACCAAACGAAACAGAUGAGCAUCAAGAUCCACAACAUGGCGGGCUCAACGAGCUCGUUCACGGUGACCGUGCUGCGGCCGUCGCGCAGCGGGCGCGAGGAGUGCGUCGUGAACGCGAGCCGGCUCGUGCCCGGCGACGUGCUGGUGCUGCCCGCCGACGGGUGCGUCAUGCCCUGCGACGCUAUGCUGCUUACCGGCUCUUGUAUUGUCAACGAGAGCAUGCUGACUGGUGAAAGUGUUCCUGUAAUGAAAGGGCCUCCAUGCCCGUCGUCUGAAGUGUACUCCACGGAAAAUCAUAAGCGACAUACACUCUUUGCUGGAACACAUGUUAUACAAACAAGAUUUUAUGGCAAUAAUCAGGUUCUUGCUAAAGUGGUCCGUACAGGAUUUUACACAGCAAAAGGCGAACUAAUAAAGAGUAUUCUGUUUCCAAAGCAGUUUGACUUCCAAUUCUACAAGGAUGCUGUGAAAUUUGUUAUAUUUAUGUUCUGCAUUGCUGCCGUGGGAAUGGCCUAUUCGAUCUGGCUUUAUGUGCAGAGAGGCAGUUCACUAGGCACCAUAAUACUACGCACAUUGGAUAUCAUUACAAUAGUGGUUCCGCCAGCGUUGCCCGCGGCCAUGACGGCCGGCAUAGUGUAUAGUCAGCAACGCUUGAAGAAAAAUAGAAUAUUUUGCGUGUCACCUCCGAAAAUUAUCAUCUGUGGAAAGUUGCAAGUGAUGUGCUUUGAUAAGACUGGGACAUUAACAGAGGAUGGCUUAGAUCUCUAUGCGGUUAUACCGUGUAACCAAGACGAAAGUUUUGGUCGGUGUGUGGAUGAUAUCAAUGCGCUACCGGUUAAGAGUCCUCUCGUACAAGCGCUGGCUGCGUGCCACUCGCUCACCAGUAUUCUGGGGCAGUUGAAGGGGGACCCCUUGGAUUUGAAGAUGUUCGAGUUUACACAAUGGAUCCUGGAAGAGCCAGGUCCAGAGAAUACACGCUAUGAUAAUCUAACUCCGGCUAUUGUUAAACCGCCCACUGCUCGCAACGAAGAUUUGCAGAACUUGGACAACUAUGAUCCUCUGACUAUGGAGAUGCCAUAUGAGAUUGGAUUACUGCGUAGAUUCCAUUUUUCUUCGUCACAACAAUCAAUGGGGGUCAUCGCAAGAGUUCUGGGUCAACCAUCUAUGGUUUAUUACGUCAAGGGUGCCCCUGAGAAGAUUGCAGGAAUGUGCGAUCCGAUGUCACUUCCAGACAACUUCAGUUCCACACUCAAUGAAUACACCUCAAAUGGGUUCCGUGUUAUCGGCCUCGCGUACAAGAAGUUGGAUCGCAAGAUGAAAUGGAUGGACGCACAAAGGAUCAAGAGGGAGAUGAUCGAAUAUGGGAUGACGUUUUUGGGCUUUCUAGUCAUGCAAAAUAGCCUGAAACCGGAGACCACGCAUGUGAUUAAGGAGUUACAUGAAGCUAAUAUGAGGCAGAUUAUGGUUACUGGUGACAAUAUUAUGACGGCAAUGUCAGUAGCGCGGGGCUGUUUCAUGGUUCAGCCACAACAGAAAGUGGUGUUGGUAACACUGGGAUUGCCGCAGACCAGUGAGCAAAGACCACCACUCAUCAUGGAGGUCGUCGGUGAAGGCGGACCACCAAAACUAUCCUUGGACGAUUACGUCAUUGCUAUGGAAGGAAAGACUUGGGCAGUAGUCAGAAUACAUUAUCCCGAGUUCAUGCCUACUGUGAUGAGUAAAGGUAUGAUAUUCGGGCGCUUCGGGCCCGAUCAGAAGACGCAGCUUAUAACAGCGCUGCAAGGCGAGGGGUUGAUAGUGGGCAUGUGCGGGGACGGCGCCAACGACUGCGGCGCGCUCAAAGCGGCGCACGUUGGCAUCUCGCUGUCGGAGGCCGAUGCGUCGGUGGCCGCACCAUUCACAUCUCAAGAACAGAACAUUCGUUGCGUGAAAUUAUUAGCGCUGGAAGGCAGAUGCGCUCUCAGCACUUCAUUCGCCAUCUUCAAAUACAUGGCUCUCUAUUCACUUAUACAAUUCUUCUCUAUUCUUAUUCUCUAUAAUUUCUUCUCGAUCCUCGGCAACAACCAGUUCCUGUACAUCGACCUGGUGCUGACGACGCUGCUGGCGCUGUCGCUGGGGCGCGCGCGCGCCGGGCCCGCGCUGACGCGCGCGUCGCCGCCCGUGUCGCUGGUGGCGCCCGCCAGCCUGCUGCCGCUGCUGCUGCAGGUGGCGCUCGUGCUGCUCGUGCAGGUGCUCGCCACGCUGCUGCUCUUCGCGCAGCCCUGGUUCAAAUCUGUGGAGGGCGGUCCGGAUGUGGAACAAGUGAAGUGUUGGGAGAAUACUGUGAUCUUCAUAGUGACAUCAUUCCAAUAUUUAAUUAUGGCAUGCGUUUACGCCAAGGGGUGGCCGUUCAGAGAGCCGUUCUGCUCGAAUUAUUACAUGGUGAUAACACUGGCAACACAAGCAGUGUUCGUUAUCUUGCUGUUGUUCUGUCCUUGGAAGAGCCUUGCCGAAUAUAUGGAGAUCGAAGAGAUGAAAUCAGCUGAAAUUGAACAAAAUUACUUUAGAAUUUACAUAUUAAUCAUACCAGUUAUACAUUUGCUGCUGGCUGUGGGUGUUGAAGCAACGUUCUCGGACCCGCAGCUGUUCAGCAGCAUCUACCGGUCGUUCCGCAACCUGACGAGCGACAAGAAGGAGGAGGCGUCGGCGGACGCGGAGUGCCCGCUGUGGCCGCCGCACUCGCCCGCGCACGUCUGCUGACACACGCACGCCAUUGCGGACAUUCUGUAUUUACUUUUUAGUCUAGUUGUAUUCAAUAAGUGAUAACGGUAUAGAUCGGCCCUCGAUUCAUGCUAAUAUUGCCACGAGAGGCCCAUGCGCCCUACUAGCUGUCCGCCCUGGCUUCGUCCGUGGUACAUAUGUAGACUGUGCCUGAUGAAGCUUCCUAAUGGUGAACGAAAUUUGAAAUAGUUGAAGUUUUGUGUGAAAGUGUUACAAACAUAUAAUCAAAUACACAAAUGUUUACUCUUUAAUGUUAGUUUAGAUAACCGUUUGUUUAGCAACAGAGUUGGAUCAAUGUAUUGUAAAAAAAUGAUCCGCCGUGGACUGACAACAUUUAAACAAAGUUUUCCAGAAAACGUUGAUCAACUGUUGCUCAACAAAUAACUUAAGUUAGUUCACGUGUAAGCACAUAAUAUAAAAUGUAAUUUGAUAGAACAUGUCUUGAAGGAACACACUGGUCUUAAAAAUUUGUAUUUUUAUUAUUACAUAUACUCUUAAGAAAAUCAACUGCUUACACAUAGAUUCUUUUUAUCAGUAGUGCAAUAAAAUAAGGAAAUUAAUUGAUUAAUGUUUAUUAAAACUUUCUUACUUAUACUGGUGCACAUACUUCAAAACCUUUUAUUAUCAAUGUAUGUAGUUGAAUAAUUUCCUAUUCUAGUGAUUUUGAUUACCUUUUCAUAUAUUAUAUAAUAAUUAAUCCUGAAACUUAUACCUAUGUAAAUAAAGUAGAAUAGAUUUAUACGCAAAUAUAUUUAUUUGUAAAUAUUCAUUUGCUUAGCAUUUACCCCAGUACUUUGUUUUUGGUACUUAUUGUGAUUCCGACUACUUAUGUUUUUAAAUUUAUUUCAAGCCGCGGCAAGAUGGCGGUUUUUUCUAUAAAGAUAUCUAAUGUAAGAUGAACGUUUAGAUUAAAGAAAGCAAAUGCCAAAAUUUUGAAGUAUUUACAUGUAAUGGUUCCAACCAUUUAUUGAAGUACUACGAUGUUAUUUAUGAUAUACUUUUGAAUAUUAUUAAACCUAACUUUUACUUAUCAAACUAUGGCGUGUAAAACACGUACGAUAACUUAAAUCAAUUUACUUAAUUAUUAAUAUAACGAUAAAGGUAAAAAAAAUAGCGGCGAAAUAAGUGUUAUACUUUUUAAAAGCGUUUCACAUUAACCACGUGAAAUCUUUUUCAGUAUUUUUUUUGUUAAAUUUUGCAUUGAAUAUUUAUACACCACUGUAUCCGUGAUAGCAAUUUUAGAGUUUGUUUCGAAUAUGCAAUGUGGAAUUAGAUAAUGUAGUAUUAUUUAAGGCUAUGCUUCAUUCCUAAUAAUCUAGUACUUAGUUUUUAUUAGACAAUGGAAAAUACUUAGAAAAAAUACUUAAAAAAACGAAUGUGAAUCAAUCGUAAUCUUGGAGGAUAAUGUUAUUUGUUUGGAAAUACGAAAUAGUAAUUCAUAAGGUAACAUAGGCUAAUAAAUGUCUUAAUUAAAUUAUUAACCCAUGUAUAAGGAUAUCUUCACAUACUAUAUUUUUUAAUUGGAUUUAUCCUAUCGUUUCUUAUCAUUGUGUUGUAUUCAUUGAGAUAUUUAUAAUUUUGCGAGAUACUCGUAAUGUCUAACCUAAAAUAGUUUUGAAUUAGGAAUUUAUAAAAGUGUUUCCAAGUUUGGCUUAACAAUAAAUUAUGCACUGGUUGGUAUAAUUUUUCCGUACUUUUAUAGAAUGUGUUUUUAGAUUUUAAUCCUCAAGAAUUACAUCAUUAAUUGAACUGCAUUAUUAUGAUGUUUGUUUCUUGUUAUGUUAAAUCUUUCUCGAAUAUUGGGAAUUUGUUGACUAUUUUUUUUUGUCAUGAUAAUGUAGUUCGAUACAAACAUGACUAUAAUAUUAAAUACUUGUAGAUGGAUGUGACCAAAUGUAUUUAAAUAAAAGU